ACUCAUCUCUGAUACUCUUUUCACUUUCUCUCAUUUCUCUGCAAAUUAAUCACAUGCUUUUCUCCACCUUCAGAUCUGAAAAUCAAUGGAAUUUCAACUAACCUCAUUCUCCGCCACCACCACUACUGCUAUUUCCGACAUACAAAAAGCAUGGCAUAUAUUCGCUCUUCUAUUAUCAACAGGACGACCAGUUCGGCCGUCGGAGCUUUCCUCCAAAUGCACCUUAUUUUCUACUUCGCCGGAUUACAUCGAGUUUCUCUGUUUCAUUCCUAAUUCUCCUCUCCAUUUAACGAGCAAUUACUUCGUCACUUUUUCUCAAUUAGGAUUUGUAUCAACCGUGAAAUUCUUUGCUAAUGCGAAUGUGUCUCCGGCUUACGUGCCUCAGCUGGAGUUUCGAGCUCUCCAGAUGAGACGAGUGAGUGAGUGUAUAUUUAGGGCUUACUAUAGGAAAAGGAAGAGAGCUAGAUCGGAGGUUCAGUAUUCACACGUGGUUACUAAAAGAAGAUUUUUCAACAAUUUUGACGUUGAGCAAGGAAGCCAAGUGAUGGUGAAUUUGCCUUCAAUGACUCGGAGGAUUUGUGGACAGGCAUAUCUCCCCAAUAGCAGUUUGAGUUGUGGCAUGAACCAGUUGACAAGAAUACCAUUGUCAUUGGCUUGCGACUUUAAUAGAGUUUAUGAAAUGUUCAGAUCUUCUUCGAUAAUUGAAGGUAGUGCCAGACCAUCAAGUUCUGGACUUAAGUAUGUUGAAUAUGAAUGUGAAGAGGAGAUAGACAAAGGAGAGCACAAUUGUAAAACAAAUUUUGUACACACACCUAUCUGUAAAUCUAAAAUUCUUAGUCAUAGCGUGUUCAACUUCCCUAAAUCAACCGCAGUUGAAAGUAUCACAGAUCCCGUGCUUCAGCUAAAGCCACUUCACAUUAGUUCAUUGGAAACCACAUGUACCAGUAUAACUGCUGAGAUGGUUGAUACAAAAGAAAGGAAAAUAAACUCUGACAUAAAUUCCUGUACAAAAGUGGACAAAGAAAUGGAAAUUCUGCUAUCUGCAGCUGAUGCUUCAGUCCAAGGUUUUGAAAGGAUGACUCAAAUGGAAAAUUUUGUGGGAGGCAACGAAGAAGAACCCGCUUCUUAUCCUGUUAGUAAUAGAAACACUAACUGCAGUGAGACUCAUCCAGCAAAGGUGGACAAAUCCCCUCAAGAUACUCCUUUAAAGAAUGCUACCAUAAAAUGUACGACAGCAUUUCUCCACAUGGAAACAGCAAAAACAGAUACGCCUCCACAGAAUCAUGCCAUCUUAGUGCACACACAAUCUGCUGGUCAGAAGCAGCUCCGAGAAUCAUCACCUAAUUCUAAACCCUUUCAAAGGGAUGUACUAAAUCACAGGGAGCAAAGGACCUCCAAGUCACCCAAGAUUCAUAAUGCUGCCAGUCUGCUUCUCGAUAAGGUACAACUCAGAAGAGAUGCAAAGUCAAUCCCCAUGAAGCUGAAGCACACACAGAACUAUGACUUGGGCAUGAGUAUUAAAGAGAGGAAUGGAAAUCCCAAAGAAAAUGGGGAAAAUUUCGUAUGUAACUCCACAAAAAAUCAAUCAGAGGAAAAACAAUUGCCUAACCUUGAGUCCUAUAUUGUGGAGGAUGAAGAGGGUUCAGGUGGUUACGGGACAGUGUACAGGGCAAGGAGAAAGAGUGACGGAGUGAAGUUUGCAAUUAAAUGUCCUCACCCAAACGCUAACAAACAACAUGUCCUUAAUGAGUUGAAGAUGCUAGAGCGCUUAGGGGGAAAGAACUUUGUAAUUAAGUACGAAGGAUCAUUCAAGAAUGGAAAUUCUGAUUGCCUUGUUCUAGAGCAUGUCCAGCAUGAUAGACCAGAGGUCUUGAAAAGAGAUAUAGAUGUUUCCCAGCUCCGGUGGUAUGGCUAUUGCAUGUUCAGGGCACUUGCUGGUUUACAUAAACAGGGUAUUGUUCAUAGAGAUGUUAAACCUGGAAACUUUCUUUUUUCUACCAAGGCUAAUAAAGGUUACCUCAUUGACUUUAACCUUGCCCUGGAUCUGCACCAGAAAUAUGGAACAUCAGACAAGACAAAGUUGAGCCAUGCCACAAGCUCUAAUAAUGGUCGUAUACCCCUUGGCAAGUCUCUUCCUCUAAUUAAACAAAGAAAAUACAUUGCAAAACUUGAGGAAGGCAUCAAUGAGGAAGCAGGAAAAGGUGUUAAGCCUCUAAUACGAUUGAAAAACCUGAAAAGGAAGGCUGACCAAGAAAAGAUCAGCGCAGAUAUUGCACAUAGGAGUAUUAAAAAAAGUCAAGGUGCUGAUGGUUCGGGGAUAACCUCAGCAAAGGAUGCAACAAGCAAUAGGACACCAUCAGCUGAAAGGUUGAGAGAACCCCUUCCAUCUCAAGGUAGGAAAGAGCUGAUUAACCUAGUGCAAGAAGCACUUCAAGGUUCAAACCAUGAAGAAACGAAUGGUCCAACUUCCAAGAGAAAAAGGGUUGCUGCAACUCCUGGAAAAGCAGAAAGGAAGUAUGUUUACCCAACUCCAAUGCCAUUGCAUUCAUCUGGAAUUGCCAUUGGUGGUGCUGGUUUGCUGAAAAGCAAAGGGGACGGGAAACACAAGCGAGAAGGACCAUGUGUUGGAACUAAGGGUUUCAGAGCUCCAGAGGUGCUAUUCCGAUCUGUACAUCAAGGUACAAAACUUGAUAUUUGGUCAGCUGGUGUCACCUUACUCUAUUUCAUUAUUGGCCGAACACCAUUUGCUGGAGAUCCUGACCAGAACAUAAAGGAAAUCGUCAAAUUGAAAGGAAGUGAAGAUUUGUGGGAAGUGGCCAAACUACACAACCGAGAAUCUUCAUUUCCAGCGGAUUUAUUUGACCUAAAAUCUCUGUCGCCUGUAAGAUUACGAGAUUGGUGUUUAAGAAACACCCGAAAACAAGAUUUUCUAGAGAUCAUUCCACAUUCCCUUAUUGAUCUUGUGGACAAGUGUUUAACGUCGAAUCCAAGAUUGAGGAUUAGUGCAGAGGAAGCCCUCCGGCAUGAGUUCUUUUCUCCAUGCCAUGAAGCUUUGAGAAAGCAUAGGCUUUACCGUCAAGGGCUCUGCCAAGAGAUCCAAGACCCAGUAUCUACACUUCCCUUACCAGAAAAUUCUCAAACAUGUGGAGUAUUAUAAACAAAGUACAUCUAGCUCUUUCGUUCUUUCUUUUAGCCUGUUGUGAUGUAAAAAUAGCUAACUAAUGAAAGUAAAUCUUUUAGCAAAUCUAGAGUUUAGUUGUGUAUUCAUAUAUGUUUACAGAUGUAUUCUAGUCAUGCAUAGAAACUUAAAGCCAUUGUGCAUUAACAUUUGACAACUACCUA